UGAGGACCGGCUUCCGGUAGAGUCCUUCGGAAGCAUGGCUGCCAUCGGGGUGCACUUUGGAUACACAUGUGCCUGUGUUGCCGUAUUCAAGGAUGGGCGAGCAGAUGUUGUGGCAAAUGAUGCAGGGGACAGAGUCACUCCAGCUGUGGUCGCAUACAGAGACACUGAACAGAUAGUGGGAAUCGCCGCUAAGCAGGGCAGAAUACGAAAUGCCACCAAUACAGUUGUCAAAGUGAAGCAGAUCCUGGGCAGAUGCUAUGAUGACCCAGAUGCUCAGGCACACAGAGAAGAAAGCAAAUGCAUUGUUGUCAACAAGAGUGACCUGCUCCGAUAUGAAAUCGACACGGGAGAGACAACCAAGUAUGUGUCGCCUGAAGAUGUAGCUAAAUUGAUCUUCCAUAAAAUGAAAGAGACGGCCCAGUCAGCCUUGGGUUCGGACGUGAAAGAUGCUGUCAUAACAGUGCCUUUUGAGUUCGGAGAGAUGCAGAAGAAUGCGCUCCGGCAAGCUGCAGAAUGUGCCGGGUUCAAUGUGCUGAGGCUGAUCCACGAACCCUCCGCUGCGCUUCUAGCUUAUGGAAUCGGUCAGGACUCACCGUUGGGAAAAAGUCAUGUGCUAGUGUACAAACUCGGAGGCACAUCGCUCAGCGUCACCGUCCUGGAGGUGAACAGCGCAAUGUACCGGGUCCUCGCCACACAGACGGAUCACAGGACGGGGGGAGAGAGCUUCACACAUGAGCUCGCACAGCACUUCGCUGCAGAGUUCAAAAAGACUUUUAAACAGGAUGUGACUGGUAACCCCAGGGCGAUGUUAAAGCUCAUGAAUAGUGCUGAUGUGGCCAAGCACACUCUCUCCACCCUGGGCAGUGCAAACUGCUUUGUGGACUCGCUCUACGAUGGCAUGGAUUUUGAGUGCAAUGUCUCAAGAGCCCGUUUCGAGCUAAUAUGCUCCAGCCUCUUUAAUAAGAGCAUUCAGCCAAUUAAAGGUCUUCUUGAGCAAGUAAACCUGUCCACCUCUGAUAUCAACAAGGUGGUUUUAUGUGGAGGAUCAGCUCGUAUCCCGAAGUUGCAACAGAUGAUCAGGGAUUUGUUCCCAGACGUGGAGCUGUUGAACUCCAUCCCACCGGAUGAGGUGAUUCCGGUCGGCGCUGCCAUGCAGGCGGGCAUCCUGGUCGGAAAAGACAGCCUGUCACUUGGAGAAGAUUCCAUCACUGUGGACUGCUGUGCCAGCGACAUCACUGCUAAGGAAGUGGAUGACUCCGGAGCGGAGGUUUUCACAGUUUUGUUUCCUUCUGGCACACCUCUCCCUGCCCGCCGCCAGCACACGCUGCAGGGUGCUGGCAGUCUGUCGUCAGUGAGUCUGGAGCUGUACCAGGCACAGCGACCAAUCGCACAGAUUGUACUUAGAGACUUGGAACCUAAAGAGGAGCUGCAUGACAUUGUCACAGUGCUGACAAUGAAGAGGGACGGUUCACUGCACGUUACAUGCACAGAGCAGAGCAGCGGCAGAUCCGAAGCUAUUACCAUAGAAACGGCUGCUGCGGCAUCUUAACCUUGAGUCACACUAUCAGCGUAAUUCCAUACAGUAACCUAAACACCUGCAUCUCAUGCUGUUUGAGGUUUUCCAGUGCUCUAGAUUCCUCUAGACCUUAGCUGAAGGAAACAAGUUAAAGUUCUUAUUCAGUUUAAGGAAUAGCUCAACCAGAAAAGAAAGUUAUUCACUUGCCCUCAUGUUGUUCCAAACCCGUUAUUUUUAUUUGGUGAAAUUAUUAUUACAGCUUUUGCCAUUCAUGGUGACAAAAGGAACCAAGUGGUUCUUUUGUCUUGUCUGGUGCUUGGAAAAAAAUGAAUAUGGGUUUGGAAUAUCAUGAGGGUGAGUAAAAAAUACAAUUGUCCUUUUUGUGUGAAAUUUUUUUUUUUUUACCAGAAGUCUUUUUCUAUUUUUCAAGCCUGUGACCAGCAGGUUUACUGUAGUUGUUCUUACCAUGUGCCUUCAUGUACCUGCAUCACAUCAAUGGGAUUCAUAUAUGUGACAGGCAAAAUAAUUGAAGGAAUUAACAAAGCCUGUGGAGUUCACUGAUAUCAUUUAAAGCAUGAACAACCUUCUCAGACUGAGGAAAGACUUUCAUUUGUUGUAGAGACUGAAGAGAAGCAGGUGCAGGUGCCUGAAGAGAUACUAAUCUGGUGCAGUCACAUCGAACAGGUGCAGAAUGAUCACAUUUUUUAAAAGCUUUGUCAUCUGUAACUAGUACUCAAUAAAGAUCACAGAACACAAUAAACCCUUUUUGAGUUUAUUUUCAGUAGAGAUACUUGCUACAUUCACGUCAGAUUUUUGCAAUUACAUGAUUCCAAAUUUUAAAAUCCACUCAUUUUUUUUUAUAUAUAUAUAUGAACAUGUAGAGGUGAAUAUAGAUUGGAAAAUAUUUUGCUCUUACCAACAACAAAGCUGCGAAUGGAUCUGUUUUGAUGUUGGGUUGCCAUAGUGACAAGUUUUGAGUCUGAGAAUAUCAACAUUCGACACAAUAUGAAUGUAGAAUUGUAUUAGAAUUUAGUACUUUAGAAUUUGUUGUGCUUUUGUCAUUUAUAAUA